AUGGCCUCACCCCCUCUGGUCGCGAACGAUGAGCAUCCGUCGCCUUCAUCAUCGUCGGCUCCGUCCACGUCUUCCUCCUUCGCAUCACCCUUUGCCAGGCUCUAUAACCGGUUCGCGUCAUGGCGCGCAGCGCUCGAGCUCCCCUGCCCGGGGACAGUAGAGGGUCUCCAGAAGGAGGUCAAAAGCACUCAUUUGACGAAUUACUUCUUCGACGGAGGCAGAGCUGACCUCACUAAGAGCUUGUCGGCGAACCCUAUCUUCCAAGUGACGCAUUCGUUUCAUAUGGGCUCACAAACAAGCACGCCAGCAUAUAAUUUCGGUGCGGUGUUUGCCAACAAUAACGUUUUCUUGCAAGGGACCAUCGACCAUGAAGGCAGCUUGAGCGCACGGUUGAACCAAGGAUGGUCUCCCACUAACGUGACGAAAGUACAGGCUCAGGUGUCGUCCCAGAUGGGCCACAGCAUGAUUCAACUGGAGCAGGACUACCAAGGACAGGACUACACGCUUAAUGCGAAGGCGAUGAACCCUUAUCCGUUGGAUUUUACUGGCAUCUACAUCGGCAGCUACCUUCAGUCUGUCACGAAAAAUCUGGCGCUGGGGUUCGAGACGAUCUACCAACGGCCAACGCCAGACAUGUCGGAGUCGAGCACUUCAUACCUCGCAAAAUACACGAGCUCAGACAAGAGCUGGAUCGCAACCGCGCAGGUACAGCCUGCGGGUAUGGUGCAGGCGACGUAUUGGCAGAAGCUCAGUGAGAAGGUGGAUGUUGCCGCGGACCUACAGGUGAUCGCGGCCCCGACGCGGAGAGACGCGAUUGCGACGCUGGGCGCGAAGUACGACCUGCGCAUGGCGACAUUCAGGGCCCAGUUGGACUCUACUGGCAAGGUGUCGGCCCUGCUAGAACAGCGAUUCGCGCCGACGUUUGCCUUCUUGCUGGCGGGGGAGAUUGAUCACUUCAAGAACGCGGCAAAGGUUGGCGUCGGUGUGAUGAUUGAGAGCUCGACUUUGACACCGGAGGAGAUGGGCAUGGUGCCGAUGCCAGCGCCUCAGCCAUAA